AAACUGGUCAUUAGAGGCGUGGCAAUCUAAUCAGAUCACACCCAUUUCUUUUGUGUUUUCAAGAUGGAGGGACACUUAGAGCAUCAAGUGACUGAGAUUUCACAAACCCCGGGAGUGGUUGGGGUAAUAUGUACUGAUCCUCAAGGCCUAUCAUUGGCAGCUCGAGGGACUCUAAAGCCAGAGUCUUCAGGGCUGGUUUCUGGUUUAGCCACUCAAGCAGCUUCUCUUAAUCUUGGGAAUGGUGAAGAUGACAAACCUACCAUUGUUGUUGAAUUUGAUACUGGGAAUAUUUUAAUUAGAGGACAGCAGAACUCAACUCUUGGUAUUCACAAAGUCUAACUAACAAUGUAUAAUUAUUAUAUAUAAUUGUGCUGUAUUUUAAAUGAAAUUAAUAAUGUCUUUUUGCUUGAGUGUUAAAAAUGUUUAACCACA